GUGUGGUGUUUGGUGUAUCGGGACUGUAAUUCGUAAUUGAUUGGCUAAGUUACGUGAUCAGUAUGAAGGGGCUAUUAUUAAGCCUGCUGGUAGUGGCUGUAACAUUCGAGUUAGGAGCAGCCGAUCUUCCCGUUGAAUGUUACUUCAGUGACAUUCAGGGAACAUGGACGUUCUACGAGUCAGCUCGUGAUGGCAGCCCUGGCAUGGCUUGCGACACAGUCGAUGAGGUCGUAUACCAGAAGACGAUCAAGUUACGUUUCCCCAAUACGGCGGAGGAUGAGUUCGGUAACAUCGGCACCUGGACGAUGGUAUAUGACCAGGGCUUCGAAGUGCGGGUCGGUGGCCGAUCAUACUUCGCCUUCAGCUACUUUGAAAAGACGGGUGACAACGUGACGUCAUACUGCGACAAGACGUUCCCUGGCUGGGCUCGAGACCUGACGGUGCGCAACUGGUCGUGCUUCAAGGCGGUUAAAGUGACCGACAUACCCGUCCUGAGGCAGCGCUUCGACCGGCACAACAGCAAGCUCGUGAGAUGCCAUCUUGGCAGAAGCUAA